AUAUGAUCCCUCUUCUUUAUCCACCCACCUCUUAUUUGUUUAUUAGAUUCUGCGUUCGUCUCUCUUCUCCACCUCCUCCUCGAUCAGAUCGAUCGAUCGAUCAAACACCAUUUACUCAACUCAUGACGCUCGGUUCAGGAGGAUCCAGUGUUGUCGUACCAAGGAACUUCAGGUUAUUGGAGGAACUCGAGCGUGGAGAAAAGGGCAUCGGAGAUGGUACCGUGAGCUACGGAAUGGAUGAUGGGGAUGACAUUUAUAUGCGUUCUUGGACCGGCACCAUUAUCGGACCUCACAACUCUGUACAUGAAGGCCGAAUUUAUACGUUGAAGCUAUUCUGUGACAAAGAUUACCCAGAGAAGCCCCCGACUGUUCGUUUUCAUUCUCGAGUCAACAUGACUUGUGUCAACCAUGAAACUGGAGUGGUGGAACCAAAGAAGUUUGGGAUACUAGCGAAUUGGCAGAGGGAGUACACGAUGGAAGAUAUACUGACGCAACUGAAGAAAGAAAUGUCGGCCCCACACAACCGGAAGCUUGUUCAGCCACCAGAAGGUACUUUUUUCUAGGGGAUAUUAUAUAUAGAUAAUGGUAAUGGUUUUAAUGUAGAGGAUGAAGAUGAUGCUUUGAAGAAGCGUUAUUUCUAUUGUGACUAGUAGUUGUUUCUUCUUCAUAUGAUGUUUGAUUCAUGGGGUUCUUGUUUGUGUCAAAUGUUUAAUAUUAUAUGUAUGUAAUUUCGUUUAGUUACG